UCUCUGACAGUCUUCUGCUACUUCAGUCGCACUUUUGCUCCCAACCGAAUUUCUAGGAUGUUUGCAGGACAACUUUUCUUCUUGAUUGGCCUACUGUCUUUUUCUUGGGCUCAGGUUAAUCUUCUCGCAGGAAAUCCAUUACUACAAGGCGCUACUUCUUACACUUUUAGUGUGCUAACUACAACAAAGACCAAACCUACGUCCUGCUACGUUACAUCAGGCAGCGUCUCCCAAUGUCGACGGAAGCGUGGAAUAGAUGAGAAACCGCAGUUACUUCAAUUUGACGAUUUUAUCAUUUCUCCGUCAACUGUUUACGAGAUUGAAACUACAGCUGCUCCGGUAGCGAUCGAUUCGCGCGUCGAUUCAAAUUCGCUUUGGAGUUCGUUGAAUGAAGACAUGGAAUAUCGAACCUCCCCAGACCUUUUCCGUCAACUCGUCUCUAAUGGCUGCAACAAUUUGUUCACAGUUGGCCAAUCGGUUGUCGUUUUGAGUCAGUUUUUGGCCUGUUUGGGCUUGAGCCUCCAGGACACAACAACACUGACUGCCACCUUUACGGAAACCAAGACCAUUUCAACAGGUUUCACUACAUUCACCAUUGCCGGUUGUACUCCAGCAGGAUUUCCGUACACUACUUGCCCACAAGGAAUUUCUAGUACCACCACUACCACCACCACCGCUAGUACCAAUUUGCUAGGAGGACUUGCAGGAACUGUUCCCAAUGUUCUUAAUACUUUGUUACCAUCUCCUGUACCAGGCAUUGUAAAUCCAAUUCUGCCACCUGUUACUAAUGUCGUCCCGACGCUGCCGCUGCCCCUACCCGGCCAAGGAGUUGUUCCAGGCUCAGGAACCACAGGAAGCUUGUUAGGAGGACCUUUGCCAGGAGGAACUGUUCCGGUAGUAGGAGGACUAUUGCCAGGCCAAACAAGUACAACAGGUCUUUUGGGAGGACUCUUGCCAGGAGUCAGUAACCGUCCAGUAGUAGGAGGAUUGCCAUUAGUCGGAGCACCACAAGGAAGUACUACAGGAGGCUUACCAGUUGUCGGAGGACUACCGUCAGGUGGUUCUACAGGAGGAUUGCCAGUAGUUGGACAACAAGGAGGUACUACAGGAGGCUUACCAGUUGUCGGAGGACUACUGUCAGGUGGUUCUACAGGAGGAUUGCCAUUAGUCGGAGGUAUUACAGGAGGCUUACCAAUUGUAGGAGGACUAUUGUCAGGUGGUAGGCCUACCACAGGAGGAUUGCCCAAUCUGGGAGGUCUGCUGGCGGGUACCCCUAUAGGCGGAUUGCCCAUUCUAGGAGGCGGAGGUGUCCGAAGAGAUGGUUUCCAACGGAUGCCACUUGCAUACAGUUCCUUAUAUGUCUGAAAUCGUGCGAAGUAAACAACUGAUCGAUGGAUCAUGAUGUUGCCUUGACGAGUUUUCCGGAGUUUUCUGCUCCUGCUUUUAGAAUUUCUUUAUUAUUAAAUGUAAUCUUGCUGGAUAGAAAUUUGGCCACAACAUGCAUGAAUCGUAUGACAGGCAAGCCUUCUUAUUCUCUUAAAACAAGCUUUGAGUUUCUUUCAGUGCUAAUUGUUUACGUGUCUGGUGUUAGUUUUUUGGGUUAAUAAACAAUUAUUUGGAUUGAAAA